AGGUGAUGGCACUGUAGUCGCCAUGAGUCAAAAUGUCUGCGAUGUCGUUGAUAGGUCGUGCUUUCGCGAGACAAAUUGUUGAAGUUUGUUCGAAAGCCGCGUCGGUGUCGGUUCAACUACAGCCAAAAAGAAGCCAAUGGAAUCUUGUGAAAAAGCCGAAACCUGGAGAGAAAGGGAAAAGUUACCGGAGGAUUGUUCAUUUCCAAGACAAGUACACGAUUGAGCCUUUAAACGUUACGAAUUUAGCAGGCAGAGAUCCCGUCACGGGAAGAGUGGUGGCAAAAGGUAUCGGCGGAGGGAUCAAACACAAAUACCAUUGGAUUCAGUGGAUUAGAGAUGGGCCUACCGAUCUCAACGUACCUCCGAAAGAAGACAAAGUGCUAGCAGUAUUCAAAGAUGGCUGUAGAACUUCAUUCGUAGCUUUGGUUGGAGGCGGCAAUGAAUUGCGAUAUAUUCUUGCCACAGAAAAUAUGAAAGUUGGAGACAUAAUCCGAACACAUCGGGGCAUUCCUGUAAAUCACGUUAGAGCCUCUGAGGGAGAUGCUUAUCCAUUGGGAGCAUUGCCCAAAGGAACGAUUGUGAAUUGCGUAGAGAAAUAUCCAGGUAAAGGAGGUGCUCUUAUUCAUGCUGCUGGGACGUGUGGCCUGAUAACGAAGAGCGAUGGGGAUCGCGUGAUUGUUAAAAUGCCUAGCAAAAAAGAGUUCAGUUUGCACCAAACCUGCAUGGCGACUGUGGGUAGAUUGUCAAAUGUCUUGCAUGGUUCAACGCCAAUCGGUAGUGCACAGAAGAACAGAGAGCUUGGAAAUCGACCAAGAAGCGGUCUCUGGCAGAGGAAAAGUGGUAAACAUGGCCGGAAAUUAAGGGCUCCACCGCCUGUGCGAAAGAUUGGCAGUAGUGAAGAGAACACACCAAAAAAAGAAAUACUAUUGCUUAAUCAUCGGCCAUUGAAUACUGUUGAAACGUAAAUGUUAUUCAAUAAAUAUUACUUUAUUGUA